AUGGCAGACUCGGGACCCCACCACCACAGCGGCGGCGCGCAGGACAACGACCCCGCCUCGAAGCACAAGAAGCCGCAGCAGAAUAAUGCAAAUGCAAGCUUCCCCGAGUACGCCCGCAGGACAGCAGAGAAGCUGCCCCCACCAACUUUCAUAAUUCUCGCUCUCCUCUUCGGUUUGUACAUAAUUUUUUCCUCGAGCCAACAAAACCAGCGGUCAGCAGCAGACCUUUCUUCUCCUCCCGUCGCCCCUUCCGUUGUCACCACCACAAUCUACCAAGAACAUCAACCAUCUUCAACUCCCAAAGUCGUCGUUGAUACCUCUCCCAAAAUGUCUACCGAGCAGACCUUCAUUGCCAUCAAGCCUGACGGCGUUCAGCGCGGCCUGAUCGGCCCCAUCGUCUCUCGCUUCGAGACCCGUGGCUUCAAGCUCGUCGCCAUCAAGCUCAUGACCCCCGGCAAGGAGCACCUCCAGGCCCACUACGCCGACCUCAAGGACAAGCCCUUCUUCGCUGGUCUCAUUGAGUACAUGAACUCUGGCCCCAUCUGCGCCAUGGUCUGGGAGGGCCGUGACGCCGUCAAGACCGGUCGUGUCCUUCUCGGUGCCACCAACCCCCUUGCCUCCGCCCCCGGCACCAUCCGUGGCGACUACGCCAUCGACGUCGGCCGCAACGUCUGCCACGGCUCCGACUCCGUCGAGAAUGCCAAGAAGGAGAUUGCCCUCUGGUUCAAGGAUGGCGAUGUCGUCUCCUACAAGGCUUCCCAGUUCGACUGGAUCUACGAGAAGCCUUAA